GGCAUGAAAUAAAAUGCGCGGACAAUAAAAAACGUGGCAUGAAAUAAAAUGAGUGGAUGCAGAGAGAAAGGAAAAGCUCGGGCGGCACAACAAAAAUAACAAACAAAGGUAAGAGAAAGACAUUCAAUCUUCUUUUCAUUCAAACAUUCAAAUCAAUUACAAGAGAAGCCGCCACAACGGAACUACAUCAUAAAGAAAAGGAAAACAAAAUCCCUAUCCUAAAUAAUCACUAAAAGUCCGCCUAAGAAAUGAACAACGCUCAGUUUACUGGGCCAUAACUUGAUGGCGGGCUUGCACCCAAAAGAAGACUCAAAUCGGUGCUUCGACGAAGAUGGCGAGGGAAAAGCCUAUUUCCAUCAAAUUCAAGGACACACGGCCCUCGACGGGAACCUUGCCAAAUCUCCGUCCUUAAAACCACGAUCAAGACCCUCCUGGUGGCCCUCGAAUUGACUCGGAUAACAGGGUGAAACAAGGUGAUCCGCCAUCUUAACGAGACGAAACAAGGUGAGUUCUUCAUCUCAGCUACAACAUCUACUAUGACAAGCAUCAUCUUCUCAAAAUCAAAACAGACAAUGAAGAAAAACACCCAAAGAUGACAACAAAAAGAGGAUAAAAAUGGGAAAGAAGAAAAAGCUCUUCACAACAAACAAAGCCUAAAAGGAAGAAAAGGGCAGCAGAUGAAAACAAAGAGAAGAUUCUCUUUAAAUAGCCCCAAAACCGUCCACUUCAACGGUUCAUAUUGAACAAACAACGAAGAGACAAGAUCUGACGGUUGGAAGCGGUCUUGGGAAAACGUAAAGCAGUCAAAGCUACAAAUGCAAAUAGCGUUUUUCCAUGAGCGAGUACAACACACGAACAAGACAGAUGGAAAGAAGAAAUGAACGUCCAUCACAUCGCCAACGUUCUGUCUGAAGCAUUUAAUCACCAACUACUCCCACUAACUCAUAGUGGGAUACCUCCUACUUAUGGGCGGAAACAAAAUUCAACAACAAACACUUGAAGGGCCGCCCGACUUAGCUCAACAACGGACACCACACUCUUUGCAGGCGUUUCAGUUCCUAACACAACGCAUCGAGGGCCGCAGGACUAAGUCGUCGACGCGCGCCUUUGAUCGAACGCCUCCUUUGCUGUUAAACCCCAUGAGUCAUAAAGACAUCAACGGCUUGGGAGGCAACUGUUCUAGACCACUCACACGACUACACAUGUACAAUAUUACGCCUCCUCAAGGCUUCACACUCAAAGAAGCACGCCUCCCUGUUGGGAUCACGCUACACGUGUCCACUCCCGCUCCUAAUCAUACGCCGCAUAACCCGGAGACAGUUAUGCCAAGAGAGCGCCUAUAUAAGUGGGACAUUGCUUCACCAUCAAGGCACCUUUUGUUCCACCGCAAAAGAUAUUUCGCCGCCGUAUCGGAAGCGGUUACCGAUCAUCAGAACAUUCUUCACAACCAUUGCAACUCAACCGUUCUCACCGGACAGAGCAUACCUCUUCUCUUUGCAAAUAUAAUAUACAUUCUCUUACUUUGUACUUUUUUUCUAUACAUGAAUAAUAGACAUGAUAACUAAGAUCAUUAUUUAUGUAUCUGUAUAUUUUUCGAUCAAAUUUUAAGUGGUAAAUAUUUUAAUUUA